GGCCCCUUAUGGACUGACAUGUGAACGGAGCUUGUGUAACCCGCCGCUCCUGACACUGAGGGAAUGUACCGAUCGGAGAACAUGGCUGCCGCCUUCAGAGCCGCUCACCGCCUGCUGUUCCCCCACUAUAUGAAGGCAGAAUGUACAGCUACUGUGGUGACACCUCGAUGGAGCUCAACAGCAGCAACUGCUUCAACAACUCAGCAGCAUGAGGCCAAGACUCGUGUUCAGCCUGAUAAGAGGAAACCCAAAACUGGGAUCCUCAUGAUGAACAUGGGCGGCCCCGAGACUGUGGACGAUGUCCAUGAUUUCCUCCUCAGGUUGUUUUUAGACAAAGAUCUCAUGACGCUUCCAGUCCAGAAUAAACUCGGGCCUUUUAUUGCCAAACGGCGAACGCCGAAAAUUCAAGAACAAUACCGAAAAAUUGGAGGUGGUUCCCCUAUUAAGAAGUGGACAGCCCAGCAAGGAGAAGGCAUGGUGAAAUUGCUGGAUGAACUGUCCCCAGUCACAGGUAUUGUACUUUUGUCAUGCGAUGAUAAAUAUUACAUCGGUUUCCGGUACGUCAAUCCGCUAACUGAAGCCGCGAUAGAAGAAAUGGAGAGUGACGGUGUAGAGAGGGCGAUCGCCUUCACGCAGUAUCCUCAGUACAGCUGUUCAACCACCGGUAGCAGUCUGAAUGCCAUUUAUCGGUACUAUAAUUCCAAGGGGGUGAAACCCACAAUGAAGUGGAGUGUAAUAGACAGAUGGCCAACACACCCUCUCCUCAUACAGUGUUUUGCCGACCAUAUCCAGAAAGAGCUGAAUAUGUUCCCGGAGGACAAGAGAGGAGACGUGGUCAUUCUGUUUUCUGCCCAUUCUUUGCCAAUGACAGUUGUAAAUCGAGGAGACCCGUACCCCCAGGAAGUGGGAGCCACGGUGCAGAGAGUAAUGGAGAAACUUAAUUUUUGCAACCCCUACAGGCUGGUCUGGCAAUCCAAGGUUGGUCCCAUGCCCUGGUUGGGACCUCAUACUGAUGAAACCAUUAAAGGCCUCUGCCAGAAAGGAAAGAAGAACCUCCUGUUGGUCCCUAUUGCCUUCACCAGUGAUCACAUUGAGACGCUGUAUGAACUUGAUAUAGAGUACGCCGAGCAUCUUGCAAACGAGUGCGGAGUUGAGAACAUCAGACGAUCGGAAUCCCUUAAUGGAAAUCCAUUGUUCUCCAAGGCUCUGGCCGAUUUAGUCCUUUCGCAUCUCAAGUCCAACGAGACCUGUUCAAGGCAGUUAACUCUGCGUUGCCCGAUGUGCGUCAAUCCAGUCUGCGAAGCUGCAAAGUCAUUCUUCACCAACCAGAAGCUGUGAGCUGGAACUCGAGUUAUGUAUGUGCAGCAAGAGGCACGAACUUUGAGU